CUACCCUGGUACGCCCAAGAUGGCGGUGCGGAUUUUUAAGUUUAUUUUUUUAUUUAUCAGAUCCGUGGGUUAAACUUGACUGACUUCUUCAAGAAAGCACUCCGAUAAAUGACAUUUAAAAUUGGCCAAUCCAUAAUCUUCAAAAAAACAGCUGGAUGAGAAAACGCUUCAUGUGCUCUGGGCUUGAUGAAAAUGAAUAAUAAUUUACCUGUCAUAAAAUUAAACGCACUCCUGUCAAAAAAGGCCUAUAAGUCGCGAUUGUCACCUCGGCUCAAAUUCAAAAAUGAACAAAAUCUAAAAAAAGUCAACCUAUGGCCUCUGAUUCUGUGACAAGUUUCCCAAUCAAUGAACAUUCCGACAGUUCGGCCUGGUCCUCGGAUACAGAAAACCUACAAAGGCAGAACGAACCUAAGAAAUUUAUAAGCAAACUCUCGACCGAAGAAAAAAGGGCGCUGUCGCCAGUCACUAAAAAGAAGAAAAAAGCUAUCAGUGUUUGUCUGAGCCAUUCAAGAUACGAAGUUAUUAAGAAAACCGCUCAAAAAUUUGGUUUCAAAGAGGUUUGCGAUGGAGAAAGUUGGAAUUUAUAUUGGACAGAUUUAUCCAUAACAGUAGAAAGGUGCAAGGAAAUGAAACGCUUCCAGAAAAUUAAUCAUUUUCCAGGCAUGUUGGAAAUAUGUAGGAAAGAUUUGCUCGCCAGAAAUCUAACCAGAAUGCAGAGAAUGUUUCCUAGAGAUUAUAAUUUCUUUCCAAAAACUUGGUGCUUCCCUGCUGACUUGGGAGAUGCCAUAAAUUAUUCCAAAAUUCGCAGAAACAAGACAUUUAUUCUUAAGCCCGACGCUGGAAGCCAAGGAAGAGGCAUUAUCAUUACAAAAUCACUUAAAGAUAUUAGACCUUACGACAGAGGGAUAUGUCAGGUGUAUAUUGCCAAACCAAUGCUUAUCGACGGUUAUAAAUUUGAUUUGAGAGUUUACACUUUAAUAACAAGCUGUGAACCAUUAAGAAUUUACAUCUAUGAUGAAGGCCUUGUAAGAUUUGCUACUAGCCAAUAUAAGGAACCAAACGGAGUAAAUAUUACUAAUGUUUUUAUGCACUUAACUAAUUAUGCUGUAAAUAAACAUAGUAGAACCUAUAAUCAAGAUAUUCACGGAAACGGUAGCAAAAGGAAACUUACCUGGCUUCAAAGUUAUUGGAAAGCACUCAAAUAUGACGUAAACGCUAUUUGGCAUAAAAUUGAUGAUGUAAUAAUCAAAACAAUCAUUAGUGCAUAUCCAGUAUUAAAGCAUAGCUAUGCCGCAUGCUUUCCAAGUCAUGACGUUAUACCAGCAUGCUGUGAACUCUUAGGAGUUGACAUAAUGUUCGAUAAAAAAAUGUGCCCUCUAGUUCUUGAAGUGAAUCACUCUCCAAGCUUUCAUACUGAUACACCAUUGGAUACAGAAGUCAAAGAAGCAUUGAUUUCUGAUAUGUUUUCAAUGAUGAAUCUUGAGAAGUGCGAUAAAAGACGAAUUAUGCGCGAAGAUAGAAAAAGAAUAAGAGAACGUUUGCUUCACGGAAAUAAAGACAAAGACUUUCAAGUUAUCGAUAGCUCUAAGAAUUUGACAGAGUAUUUUAAAUCUGAGAAUUCCAAUAAGGGAGGAUUUAGAUUGGUGUAUCCUACUAGCGCCAGUGAUCAUCUAUAUGGAAAAUUCUUCGACCAAGGCCAAAAUACUUUAUACAGUGACACCGUUUCUAGUCGUGCAAGGGAGGCAGCACAAAGCGCACUUAGGGGUGAAAUGGUUUUAAGGCAAAAGCUAGAAGCUUCGAAGCGAGUUACUUCUACUAAAACUGAUCCAAUAAAUCAGACAUCAGGUAGAUCAAUCUACAAAACUAAAAGAAUGACUCCUUCGCUUAACAUGCCAAGUAAUAGAAAUUGUUCCUAUUUGCCUCAGCAAAUUAUUGAAUCGGAAGAAAAAGAACGAUUAAAACGAUUAGCUCAACGAGACUAUUUAUUAAGAAGUCAUGGUAUUUUGGAACAUGUAUAUUUUUCACUGAAGAAGAACAAAGCAUUGCGACCUCAAGAUGACAGAAAAUAUGCAAUUUUUGAGAAAAUGCGUAGCGCAGCGCAGGUAAUUAACAUUCCUGCAAAAAACGGCCCAGUAAUCUCUGAUAUGCUUGACGGACUACAAGGCUAUCAACAUAAAGGCGAAGGAGAAAACAUGGGCGUUCGAAAUGAUAUUAUCAAAGAUUGGGCGCUUUUCAAUAGUAAGCCGCAAACUUCUGAAGUCAUUUACACUGAACUAGACAAUUCGGGUAAUGCGAAUAUCAAAUAUUCACAAUUUAGUUCGUCAUUAAAACUAUAAAAAAAUGUUUACCAUUUUAUACCUUUUGUGUUGUGUCAAUUGAAAUUGAAUCAAUAAAUGCGAAUUAUAUUUUCUUUUU